UUAAAGAGCACUCGAGCUCAGGCUGCGGUCUCUUUUGCUCGCUGUGACAGCAAAGGGUCACAGUAGAAAUCACAAGCUGGGACUUACCAGGUGGCCUCUGAUCUUCCUCUCUUCUUUUUACCACCUUUCCUGUCUUUGUCUUCUCAUUUUUCCUAGGAAGAGUCAAUUUCACUGGCAGCGUCUUGGACAGCUCUGACACAACCUAUUUCUGAGGAGGCAAGCUCUUGGCUGUAAUAUUUCAUUGCAGUCAUGGCACCUAAGAAGAAGAACGUGAAGAAGAACAAAGCAGCAGGUAUCAGUGAAAUGACUAUCAUUGUGGAAGAUGGCCCCCUCAGCAAACUAAAUGGAUUGAAUGGACUCCUGGAUGGAGGCAAUGGUUUCAGCUGCGUCUCGUCCGAAGUUUCUGACCCGUCAUACAGCCCAAACCUCUUGGAAGGUCUAAGCAGAAUGAGACUAGAAAAUUUCCUUUGUGACUUGACUAUCAGUACCAAAACCAAAUCUUUCAGUGUUCAUAAGGUGGUGAUGGCUUCAAUCAGUGACUACUUUCACAACAUCUUAAAGAAAGAUCCGUCCACUCAGAGAGUAGACCUCAAUGAUGUAUCUCCAUUGGGUCUGGCUACUGUUAUCACCUACGCUUACACUGGAAAGCUCACUCUCUCACUUUAUACGAUAGGUAGUAUUAUUUCCACAGCCAUUUAUCUUCAGAUUCACACCCUUGUAAAGAUGUGCUGUGAUUUUCUAACCCAAGAAAUCAGUGUUGAGAAUUGUAUGUACAUUGCCAAUAUUGCAGAAACGUAUGGACUGAAAACAACCAAGGAAGCUGCACACAAAUUUAUUAGAGACAACUUCAUUGAAUUUUCAGAAACAGAUCAGUUCUUAAAACUUACUUUUGAUCAGAUUAAUGAACUUCUUGCAGAUGAUGACUUGCAGUUGCCUUCUGAAAUUGUUGCAUUCCAGAUUGCAAUAAAAUGGCUGGAAUUUGACCAAAAAAGAGUAAAGUUUGCUGCUGAUCUCUUAGGUAACAUUCGUUUUGGUACUAUCUCAGCUCAAGACCUUGUCAAUUAUGUCCAAACUGUUCCAAGAAUGAUGCAAGAUGCAGAUUGCCAUAAGCUCCUGGUAGAUGCCAUGAACUAUCAUUUGCUUCCCUAUCAUCAGAAUACACUUCAGUCUAGAAGAACAAGGAUUCGUGGAGGUUUCAGAGUGCUAGUUACCGUCGGAGGACGCCCUGCUCUAACAGAGAAGUCUCUCAGCAGAGACAUCUUAUACAGAGAUCCUGAAAAUGGAUGGAAGAAGCUUAGUGAAAUGCCCGCUAAAAGUUUUAACCAGUGCGUGACGGUGAUGGAUGGAUUUCUUUACGUGGCCGGCGGGGAAGACCAGAAUGAUGCCAGGAACCAAGCCAAGCAUGCGGUCAGCAAUUUCUGCAGAUACGAUCCUCGUUUCAACACCUGGAUUCACCUGGCAAAUAUGAAUCAGAAGCGUACCCACUUCAGCCUGAAUGUGUUCAAUGGCCUCCUGUUUGCAGUGGGCGGUCGCAACUUGGAGGGUUGUCUCUCCUCGAUGGAGUGCUACGUGCCUGCAACCAAUCAGUGGCAGAUGAAGGCACCCCUGGAGGUGCCCCGGUGCUGCCAUGCCAGUGCCGUGGUGGAUGGUAGGAUCCUGGUCACGGGAGGGUACAUCAAUAAUGCUUACUCUCGUUCGGUGUGCAUGUAUGACCCCAGCAAUGAUAGCUGGCAGGAUAAGUCCAGCCUUAGCACCCCUCGGGGGUGGCACUGCGCCGUGUCCCUGCUGGAGAGGGUCUAUGUCAUGGGUGGGUCACAGCUGGGGGGGAGAGGGGAAAGGAUCGACGUCCUUCCUGUGGAGUGUUACAGCCCUUACACGGGGCAGUGGAGUUAUGUGGCACCCCUGCAAACUGGAGUUAGCACAGCCGGCGCUUCAAUGCUGGAUGGGAAAAUUUACUUAGUGGGGGGCUGGAAUGAGAUAGAGAAAAAAUAUAAGAAGUGUAUUCAGUGCUAUAACCCAGAUCUCAAUGAGUGGACGGAGGAAGACGAGCUGCCUGAAGCCACUGUGGGAGUAUCCUGUUGUACUAUAUCCAUGCCCAACACCAAGACAAGGGAGUCCAGAGCAAGCUCAGUCUCUUCUGUACCAGUCAGUAUUUAAAUCUUGGUCAAACCAGCAACCAGUACAAAUGUUUACCAGCAUAGCAGUAUAAUUAACCCUUUAAGUAGCAUUUAUGAGCUUACACAGAAAAAAAAAAAACAAUUGACUUUGCAACAGUAUUAACACUGCAAAUUUGCCAGUUAUCAUGACCUUUAAGACAUGUGCUGUAAAACAACCUAUUAGGGAAAAGAUGAAUUUACUUAGCAGGAAGAGAGUUAAGCCAUAACUGCAGAGAGAAUUUCAUUCUGUUCCUGACUUUGCCACUGACUCACUGUGUUAUCUGUGGCAAAUCACACUUUCUUUGUGCCUUGAUUUCCUUACCUGUAAAAUAGAGAUAAAUUUGCUUCAGAAGAUUGUUGUGAGGCUUUUUUUAAUACUGAGUUUUAAAUGCUUUCUCAACUCAAAAUGAAAGUCAAAUGUUGGUAGUAAUAAAUCUCAACAGAAAUUAGAAAUGUGCCAUGUCAACAUAAAAUUGGUCAGUUUUGUUAUUUUUUAAGCUUUUUAUAUUUUGAGAAACAAAAAAAAAAAAAAAGGAAAAAAGGAAAAAAAUACAAAAAAACUGCAUAUAGCAUGUGCAUACUUUACUUUUUGGAGCACUGAUAUUCACAGAAAAUUUGUCAAAACUUUUUCUUCUUCAGAAGCUAGUAAGAGAUCCCUAUCUUCUGCAUGAGAGCCUUUAAUUCUCUUAUCUGAUGCUGUGACAUGGCUUUCAAGACCAGAAUCUACAAAAUACAUUAGCUUCUGUAAGCAUUAUGUCCAGCCCCAAGGUCUUCCUUGGGUGCUGCGUUGCUCUCCUGGCCUCCGUGUACACCGUGGAGCAGACAAACUCCUCCUCCUCCUCCUCAUGCCAGGGAGACUCUCCUGUUGCUCCAGAUGGAAGACAUGAAGGCCAUCCAGUGUGUCUCCUCUUCCCCUACUCUACCCCACCUUUGUAGAAAUGUACCUCUGGGUUGUCUUCUCUUGUGAGAAGGUCCAUGCCAGAAGCCAGGAGGUGCCACAGCAGGGACAAAAUCUGGAAACUGAGUUCAUGCCAGGAGGCACCGAGGGCUAAAUGGUAUCUCAGGAUGGAGAAAGUGCACGGAGCAUCUCUCCUACUCUACUGUUCUGAAAAAGAAAAUUUCCCUGUGAGGUGAUGAACAAAGAUUAAAUGAAGACUGCUUUUAAGCGUAGGAUAGAUGUGUGGAAAGCCACGAAUCACGGGAAACUGGAUGAAAUCAAAGAGACAUUCCUUAAUAGUAACCGAGAGAUCUUAACACUUUUCUUACCAGGUGCAGGCACAACAUCACACAAACUAACAUUUUUCUUGAUGUAUCAUUAAGUAUCUCCUAUUGAAUUCUUUGCUAGAGCCCUAUUUAUGUUUUGAGGAGCUCUUGGGCACAUUUUCCAAAGGCUAGAUUAACUCAGAUUAAUUUCCAAGAACUUUUUUCCUAAUCUCAAUGGACACUGGAGGUAUUCGUGUAGUCAAAGGGAUAUGCAGCCCACAGAGUCCCUGGUGAAUUUGAUUCGAAAGGACUGCUGUCCGUAUGACAUGCUUACAUCCUUCUGUUUGAGAAGAAUUAGAUAAUAAAAUGAUUUAGUAUAACAAAAAGGGUAACAAUUCACUCAACACGUGCAACAGUUUAUUUCAUUUGCAAAAGAGAAGUGCUGUAAAAUUGCCUGUGUGUACAGACUUUGCUGAGACAAGCAUUUAAAGGACUCUCCUACUCAGUACUUUGUAGCUUUGUUACAACUCCGUACUGAGCAUGACACAGUUUGUUAGGGAUGAAGUAAUUCACGCUGUCCUUUGCAAUUACACUGAAUGGUACUCGAUCCUGUUUUCCAAUUCUAAGAAUCCACAUCUGCAUCCUGCAGACUGCAGAAAUUUAAAUCCCAAAUUCAAUUUCUGAGUAUUGCAUGCUAUUAGAAUACACUGCAUUACAAAGACCUGUAAUCAGAGUACCAGUCAGUUUGUUUUGGUUAAUUUGAUUUGCAUAUAGUUAUCCUUGUCUAAUUCAAAUGAGUAAUAAUUCAAAUCCAGUCACAGAAGAAAGCAUGGCAUUGUGUAACAGAGUAGGAUUACUGUGUUUUAAACACAGAUAUACUGGUCCUGCCCCCUCUAGUCAAAAACAUUCUAAUGGAUGAGAGCAACAUUUCUCCUUUCUCAAAGUCAUGAUCUCGUGUUCCAUACAAAAGUAUUUAAGAUGCUCUUUGAAAAAUCCUUCUGCUCCAAAAAAUUUUUUGCCAAAUUGUAAUACUAUAACUAUAGUUGCUUAGACACCCAGAUCAAUGAAGAGACAAAUUCAUUUAUGUCUGUAUAUAUAUGCUAGUUUUUUCAUGCUUCUACGGUACCCAUUAAGAAGGUAUUUAAGAACUGAAUACAUAAUCAUUUUGCCUCAGAUAAAUAUGGGAUAAAAUUCUGUCAUGCAAGCAUCUCUUUUUUCCCUUUAGGAAUUCAGGUCCCAAAUGAUGUUAGUAGUCAGAUGUUGCUGCAUGUUUUUCUCUUUUGUGAACCGACGCUUUCUGUACUUCAACACCAAUCUUCUGGUCUUGGAUAUAAACUUAUUUGUGAAUGAUGGGCUAAGUGCAAUGAAACCACUCUCGUACUACUUAAAGGGUUAAAAACACUGGGGGCCAAAUCCUUUUCAUCUUACUCACAAAAAAAAGUUCCAUUGACUUCACUGGGACUAUUGAAUAAGAUGUAUAGGAUUUAAAACUCUUGGCCAAAUUCUGGCAGAACAAUACAUAUAGAUGCCUGCAAAACUGUCAUAUCCAGAGGGAAGACUGACCUUUCAGCCCUCACCGCCCUUGGCCGCAGUAAAUCUAUAGGGAAGUGUCCUAGGACAGGAGUCAAGCACCACUGGCCACGUGUUUCUUCCACUGCACAAACCAGGUACAUACCAUAGGCAAAGAAUCUUAGGUAGAUGAAUAACAGACAUUGUCGUCAUUAUGGCACUUCAGUGUGGCUUUGUGUUUUCAUUGUUUUCUGUAAACAUCUGUUUAGGCUUCAACUGCACAUUGAGCCAGGAUUUGGUCCUUAGUAUGUGACAGUAUCAGCUGAACUUAAUAUUUUUCUGAUCAUACCAACGUACUGAGCUAAUUGUGACAUUUUUAUGUACAAUCUCAUUUUGUUAGAACUGUAAGAAGUGGUUUGUAUGUUACGUGUUAUGGGACGGUGUUCUUUCAUUGUUCAGUACCAUAUUUUCAAUCUCCAAAUAUUUAAUAAGAAAAUCUCAGUUGAAUUUGAAAUAUUGUGUAUCCCAAAAAGAAAAUCUUAAAUGCAGUUUAGGAAGUACUGUAUACAGUGAUAUUAAGUAUGGUAGAACUUCCAACUAUACGAGACACAGGUUGCUAAAACACUACAGGGAUCUUCUUUAAUGCUACAGUAAUAUUUAAAGAAAUAAUAAUGUUGUCUUCAAAAUUCCUUGUGCCCAUGCAUAUAUAGUCUACAACAUCCGUGCUUCCAAGGAAUUGAAAUCUGAAAAUGAUCUCUCUUCAGUCUGUGAUUUAAACAAUUUGAUUACAUUUAGUUAUCUUGUUUAAUAAUGCUUCUACAGGUGUAUGGAAGAGUGUGUUGUAAGGUUAUGAGUGAGGAGCUUACUGUUGAAAAGCAAUGCUGAAAGGGAGAUUUUGUGCAUAGUUCUUAACCACGAUGAGACCAUGACCAUUCCUGAAGUUAACCUGUAAGAUCAUCUGUGGAUGAGUCAAGAGUCCAUUAAGCUUGGGUGCCAACUUCUAGCUGGUCAGAGAGGGGAGUGGUGAAAAUUAGCAUCAACCAAAAAUACAAGGUGUUAAAAAGUGUUGCGUGUUGAGAUUUUUAAAUGGCAGUUCUAGCAGGAAAAAGUACGUGAUUAAUUAAAUGACUGAUGGCCAUCCUUUAUAUUAUUCUUAAGCCUAGAUUCACUGAUCCUACAGCUUUAACUCUUUCAAAACCCAUGAUGGGUUUGGGGGGAUUUUUUCCAUAGUAACAAAAAUAAGUUUGUAGCUGCAAACCUGGCAAUCAUAAAUAUAGUUGUAUGAGUACAUAUCCCAUUUUGAAUACAGUGGGGCCUCUUAUGUAUGUGUAUAUAUAUAUAUAUAUAUAAUAUAUGUAUUAUAUAUAUUCUCAUGCAUUAAUGUUUGGAAAUGUAAAUUACAAGAACUAAAUGCAUGAGUACAUAAGAAUUAAUACAUAAUAAAGGCCAACAUGGAGGUAUCAGGUCAACAUUCUAUAUUACCAUUCAAAUACCUACAUUGACCAUACAUAAGACAUGAUUUCCCCAGUGAAAUCCUGUGUAGGCUUUGCAUUUUUUUGUGCAACACACAGGACUGGAGAUGCAAGAAGAUCCAGACAGUGGAAAGCAGAAGAUGGAGCCCCUUAGCAUAGUCAGGAGAUUAAGAUUUUGAUGCCAUUUCUCAAGGAUGUGUGAGAAAUACAUGCUGAAAGGAAAUAUCUGCUUCAACACACCUUUCCACAAGCAGCUUUUGUUACACAGCUGAAAUUGGCCAACAUUUCUUAUGAAAACCAAGUUUCAGUUUUCUAUUGACUGUUAAUUUCCAUUCUCAGUGGAAUAGAAUUUUCAACUUAGUGUAACCUGGGCUUACCCAAGCCAGGAAGUAUUUUUCAAGCUCUGAAUCUACCUGCUUGGAGAAUGCAGCUGAAGCCAAUAGUCCUUCAACACUUUCCUGGCAUUUUUGCUAUGAAUCUUCUCAUCCUUUUGUCAAAGAUCUGCUUUGUAUAAUUAAUCAAAAAUAUUUUCAUGAACAGAUUUGUACUCUGAUUCCUCCAUGCAGGAGGAGAAUCUUGUCCCUUUUUAUUUAUAUAUAUAUAUAUAUAUAUAUUUUUUUUUUUUUGUCCAUUAUUGAGUGGUUCUCUCACAAGCAACCAAAGCAGAUGCUUAUGGUGCACAGAUGCAUACAGUUCAUAAAAGCUCAUCUGCAAAUCUAAUUAAAAAGCAAAACAAAGAAAA